AUGGAGAACAACAACAUGACAAGCACACCACAAGAAUCACCAGCCAUUCCAGCUGCAACAAUGGAGAAUCAAGAUCAAACGGCCACUACAUCUUUGCAACUAUCAACUCCCUCCACAGGUACAACGAUGAGCAACAUCACUUCCACAAAUGCCGUGGUUGCAGCCAUGCCAUCACCAGCUUACAUCGGCAGAUUACCAAUUGAGCUUCGGCUUCCAAUUUACAACUCCUUACUCUGCAUGACCGUUGCCGGCUGCCUUCCACCCAUUCUUCGCGCGUUUCACGGUACUUCCGAAUAUCCCCUCCUCCAGUAUCUAUACAGACUCGUCAAUUUUAUCCUCUCUAAUGCCACAUUGCCUAUUUUCUGGACCAUCACCAAUCGUGGAAAGAGGUUGGACAAGAUUCUCUAUCUACAUCUACGCUCUGACAACUUCGAAUACUUCAGACUCGAAGAUGAUUCCCGCCACCUCCUCAAACGCCACGUCUGCAAACUCCAAAACUCUUUCCAAAAGAUAACUUUCACUGCUAUCCAGCCGACUCGCACACCGCACAACUCAGAUGAAUUGUGGGAAACCAACACUAACGUUUCUCAUGUUCUAGAUCAAAUUUGCGACAUUGUGAACGCAAGCGUUCAAGCGUGUGAAGUUCGUUUCAAGUUUCUUGGUUAUAAUAAUGGAAAUUUGGACGACCACAGAUACUUGUAUAACUUUGUUGGCCAAGUAAGUAGAAGACUGAGAGUUACACGACGUUGGACUCCGAGAAGAGAGCUGGUCGGGGACGAUGGUUUGGUUCAUGAUGGAAUCGUUUGGAUUUGGGAGCUUGUUUAG